UCAACUUCCAAAGCAUCAGUUCGCUCAUUACUCUGAGAAUCAUUCAAUUAUAAAGAUGGUUGCCAAGCUUGUAUUCCUCUUUGGAUUUAUUGCGUCUUCAACUUGCAUGGUCUUGCACCAAGCGCCUAUACCGUUGUACGUACCUAUACAAUAUGAAGAGCCUGCACCCAACUACAACUUUGGAUACCAAGUCAGUGACCCACACACAGGAGACUACAAGAGACAGCAUGAGUCCAGGAUUGGAGGCACUGUUCUCGGCCAGUAUUCUCUCCUACAACCCGAUGGGGUCACCAGGACAGUAGAAUACCGAGCUGAUGACGUCAACGGAUUCAACGCAGUCGUUAACAAUGAAGGAACACCGUACAUUGCUACUCCCGAAAGACAAGAUAAUGAUAAUGUACAACAAGAAAAUGGCAAUGGAAGACAAGAGGAUGAUUCUAACAGGCAGUCUAACGCCAGGGCUCAAGUGGAGCAGUCGUGGCAAGGACAGGGACCUAAUGAACAACAAAGCUCGCCUACACCGUUGACCAUCUCACACACUUCUCUGAUACAUGAGUCAUACUCUAAAGGACAUAAAUCUUGGGCCUAAGAAUACACGAGAAGAAGAGGAAAACGACAGACUUUAGCAUGAAUGACAUAUUUAUAUCUUUUUAUACCCCUUUUUGUUUUCUCCCAAAGUUAUUUUUAUUAAUGAUUGAUAAGAAAUACAAUUUGUAGAUCCAGAUUUAUUGAGUUUGAAGUUAACGAGAAAUGCUGCAGCUCUAAUG